AUGUGCUCCAACCAAGACUCCUCCCAGUCUAAGAAGAAAGAGACUCGGGCUGGGACACGUAGAGUAACGUCGCUCACCGCAGAGCAACUGGAGAGGAAGCGCGCCAAUGAUCGUGAGGCCCAGAGAACAAUUCGACAGCGAACAAGAGAGCACAUUGAGCGACUGGAACUUCAAGUGGCCGAGCUUAGAGCCAAGGGCGACAAAUUCGACGAGAUUAUGCGGAGGAAUGCUCUAUUAGAGACUGAGAUCCGCGCAUUGAGACAUCAAUUAUCUAUGGCAACGGGAAGUCCAGGGUAUCAGAACAUCGAAGAGCCUUACAGCCAACAACCGGCGUCGCUCAUGCCAUCUCCUCAAUACCCCGAUGCUCUAGGUCCGAACCCAACAUCCAGGACGCCGUCAGCUCUAUCGACAUCAAGUCAGAUUUCGACUUCGCGUGAGUGGCCACCUUACAGCUCAACUCGCUCUUCCUCAAAAUGCGAGUCCUCCGAUACCGAGUAUCCCGUUAAAGUCGAACCCGGGUAUCCGGUCAAAGUUGAGCCCUGGGCUUUCGAAGGCCCGUCUCCAGUCCCGGUGUCGAUGGCCGACCAGCAUCCUCACAUUGCGUAUCACUCUCAGGGUACUGCGCAUCUACCCGAGCCCGCUUUCCAGCAACCGUACCAGCAGGUGUAUCACGGCCCGAAUCCUGGCCGGCCGGCUGGGUUAGAGUUACCACCCCAUCACCAACAUCUUCCGGAAGUCUCCUACGAGUCCGCUCAGCGACCAGUAUCAGCACCAUCAGAAAGUCAGACCGCCCCGUAUCCCACGCUACAUCCACCGCCACAAUAUCAACAGCUACCGACCCAUCCCGCCCAAAUUCAGAGGAGUGGGUAUGAAUAUGACUGGGUUCCCCGGUCGUGA